AUGUUACGAAUGAAUGAAGAAGAACCGGUUGUACCAUUGGUAGAUGCACAUUGCCAUGUCUUGACGAAUCCCUCCAAAGUCGAACCAGAACAUGAAUUGUCCAAUCAUAGGAUAAGUAGAGCCUUGAUGUCUAACAAUCCUUAUGAUUGGAAUAGAUUACAAUCGACUCAGUUUGAAGGAAACGAUAGAAACUUGCCUCAGUAUAAAGGUUUUGGUAUCCAUCCUUGGUAUUCUCAUUUAUUUACAUUAGAUCAUAACAAAACAUUAACUAAAGAUGAACAUUAUAGACAGGUACUAAUUUUCAAACAAACAGAUGAUACUAUCUUAUCGAAUUUAAUUCAGAAUGUAUUACCGGAUCCUGUGUAUAUAGAAGAUUAUAUAUCAAAGAUAGAUUUUAAUAAGGUGGAUCUAAUCGGAGAGAUUGGGUUGGAUAAAUCGUUUAGUGUACCAUCUAAUGGAUUUUAUCAAGGUCAUGAUAGUAAUAAUAUAAUUACAAAUACAAGAAUAAAAGUCUCAAUGGAUCAUCAAUUGAAAAUAUUUAAUAGAAUGUUACAAUUAGCAUGUGUUCAUUCAUUGAAUGUUUCUUUACACGAUGUGAAUUGCCAUAUGAAAUUACUUGAUACUUGCCAACAACAUUUAUUAAAGAAUCCAGCUAUUAAUAUAUGUCUUCAUUCUUAUACAGGAUCGAUUGAUUUCUUAUUAACUCAAUGGAUUAAAACUUUCACUGAAGAUAGAAUAUUUCUUAGUGUGUCUCAGUACAUUAAUUUUAAAAAAAUUGAAGGAAAUAUAGAUUAUUCACAAGUACCACAGAAAUGUAUCCUGACAGAAACAGAUUAUAUUGUCGAUAGUAACAAUAUAACUGAUAUAUUUUUACAAGAUUCUUUGAAGAAUACUUUGGAAAAUUUAACAAAUGUAAUACCAUUAGCUUCAUCACAAGACACAAGAAAACUUGUAUACGAAAAUUUCUGUAGAUUUAUGCAUACGUGA